AUGUAUCGUGUGCUCUCUACACUUGCUCUAGCCUCUUUGGCUGCAGCUAGCACUGACUCUACCUUAACCUAUGAUUAUAUUAUUGUUGGUGCUGGAACCAGUGGUCUAGUCAUCGCAAACCGUUUAUCCGAGUUGAAUGUUACUGUGGCUGUCAUUGAGGCGGGUGAUUCGGGUUACAACAAUCCCAAUGUGACAAAUCCAUUCGGUUAUGGAUUAGCUUUUGGAACAGAUAUCGAUUGGGCCAAAGUCAUCGGAGGGACUAGUACUAUCAAUGGAAUGGCAUACACCCGAGCCGAAGACGUUCAAAUUGAUGCUUGGGCGGCCAUUGGAAACGAUGGAUGGAACUGGGCAAGCCUUUUCCCAUACUACAAAAAAUCUCAGGCACUCGAAAUUCCUACCACUGCUCAAGUUGAAGCUGGUACAACAUAUGACGUCUCGGUGAAUGGUUUUGGUGGACCACUGAAGGUCGGCUGGCUCAAUAGCUUGGAAGAUACUAGCAACUUUCACACAACCUUGAAUGACACAUUUGCAUCUCUUGGUGUUCCUUCAAAUAAUGAUGUCAAUAAUGGUAGAAUGGUUGGUUACAAUCGAUACCCAGCUACUUACGACAGAACAUUAAACAUUAGUCAUGAUGCUGGGCGAGCAUAUUAUUACCCAAUUGCCAACCGCACGAAUCUCCAUCUUUACGCAAAUACCAUGGCUCAACGACUCACAUGGAAAUCCGACACUGAUACCCCUACCGCAAAUGGAGUCGAAGUUCUUUGCAACGACUCAAGCAUUCCAUACACUAUUCUUGCAAACUCCGAGGUCAUUCUUUCAGCUGGAGCUCUAGCAUCUCCUCUUCUCCUCGAACUUUCCGGUAUUGGAAACCCUUCCAUCUUGAGCAAGCAUAAUAUCUCAGUUGUAGUUGAUCUUCCAACUGUCGGAGAAAAUCUUCAAGAUCAAACAAAUACUGGCCUUGCAUACAACAGUUCAGGCAAUACCUCUUUCUCCGGAGCCGGAACCUUGGUAGCUUAUCCUUCCGCAGCCCAAGUAUUUGGUUCUGAAAUCCAAAAUAUCUCCGCUCAUGUUCUUCAAUCUCUUCCUUCAUAUGCUGCUCAAGUAUCAGCUGCAUCAGGUAACAUCACCAAAGCUGCAGAUUUGUUGAAAUUCUUCAAAAUUCAACAUGAUCUAAUUUUCUCAACUACUCACCCAGUUCCAAUGGCUGAAAUACUCGUCUCACCAUCCGCAACAGCUUUCAGUUCGGAAUAUUGGGCCUUGUUACCAUUUGCAAGGGGAAGUAUUCACAUCACAUCUUCCGUAGCUGGCACACCCGCAGCUAUCAAUCCAAAUUAUUACAUGCUUGAUUGGGAUAUCACAUCACAAAUCGCUACCGCCAAGUUUAUUCGCUCCGUUUAUGCCACUUCUCCAUUGUCCUCUUUCGUCGGAUCAGAGACUAGGCCUGGAUUGAACACAGUAUCAGCUAAUGCCACCGAGGCGGAAUGGUUUGAUUGGGUUAAAACUGUUUAUCGUUCAAACUUUCAUCCAGUAUCGACGGCUGCAAUGAUGCCAAGAGAGAUCGGUGGAGUAGUAGACUCAAGGUUGAAGGUAUAUGGAACGGCAAAUGUGAGAGUUGUGGAUGCUAGUAUAUUACCUAUGCAGGUUUCUGGACAUUUAGUUAGUACUUUGUAUGCUGUGGCAGAGAGAGCAGCAGAUCUGACCAAGGAAGACAUGUAG